AUGCAAACGGUUAAUGCCGUGUUCAGAGAGCCAGUACAGCAAAUUCUGGAGAAAGUCAAGAACGAACCUUUCUUCAGAUGGCCAGGAAAAAUGGCUGGGGACCCUUCGAAACGCAACCAGAACCUGUAUUGUCACUAUCACCAAGACCAUGGGCAUACCACUGAGGACUACAGGAAUCUAUGGAAUCAGCUAGUCCGAGAAGGAAAAUUAUGUCACCUUUUACACCCCUCUAGCGGUCAUAUGGGCCAGGCAAUGCAAGAGCCUCGAAAAGAUGCAUUAUUAAGACCUCUCACAGGGACGAUACACGUCAUCCUCGCCGCUCCAGGAAGAACCGGCUCAUUUCCCUCCAGGGUGCUGUCCGUGGCUCGGCUCUCCGCCGGAGACAGGGAAAGAGAAUUUAAAAGGUCUAAAAAGGGAAGCCCUUUAAUAUUAGGAUUCUCGGAUGAAGAUAAGAGGGGAACUAUCCAACCUCACGACGAUGCCUUAGUGGUUACGCUGAGAAUCAGAGGUUUCGAUGUGAAGAGGGUACUAGUAGACCCGGGCAGCGCAUUAGAGGUAAUGUACCCUGAUCUAUACAAGGGGCUGAACUUAAGGCCGGAGGAUUUGACGGCUUAUGACUCUCCCCUUAUCAGCUUCGAAGGGAAGAUUGUUGUACCAAAAGGGCAGAUCAGAUUACCCAUACAGACCGGAUCAGAGGUGGUGGAGGUGGACUUUGUCGUGGUCGAUGCCUACUCGCCCUACACAGCGAUAGUAGCCAGGCCAUGGAUCCAUGCCUUGAAAGUUGUAUCUUCUACACUUCACCAAAAGGUAAAAUACCCGUCGUGA